AUGUCUAACCACAAGAACAACAGCACCGGCGGUGGUAUCGGCGGCAAUGGUGUGUACGUGAGGCCAAUCACCGGCACUCCGACCACUGGCCACACAAUACCCACGCAAAUACUGGACGACUUGUCCACACGUUUCAUAAUAAACAUCCCAAAGGGGGACAGGGAUGACUUGAUCAGGGUGUGUUUCCAGCUCGAGUUGGCUCACUGGCACUACUUGGACCUCAUAUGCGGCAAAACCCCGCACCCCCUACUCCCCCGACCAAACUUCACCCGCUUUUGUCAAAUUAUGUUCACUCACAUACCGUUCCUCACACCACACUUGCCUAACAUCGACACCAUUAUCGCCCAGUGGAAGGAGUAUAAGCUACUGGUGCCCACUUGUGGGGCGAUACUACUGGACCCAACCCUUCAGUACGUGCUGCUAGUGAAGGGGUUUGGGGGCAACAGUUGGGGGUUCCCGAAGGGUAAGAUCAAUGAGUCGGAGCCAUACGUGGUGUGCGCCGCCCGGGAGGUCAAGGAGGAGACG